AUGCUGCUCUACCCAUCAAGAUCCCUCGCCUUCUCCUCGCUCUCCGCGCUUCUCUCCUUCCGCUCCUGGCAGUUCCCGCGUGGACUCCUCGCGCUAACCACCACCCGCCAGCCCUUCUCCUCCGCAGCCUCCGCCGCUUCCGCGGGUCGCUCUCCGGAAACCCGUCUCCCAGGCUUCGCGCCACCUGCAGUGGCUGGUGAUCAAGUCGUUUCGACGUACCUCUUCUAUGGCCCGUACGGUACGGGGAAAACCUCCGCUGCUCGCAUCCUUGCUUCCGCAGUCAACUGCUCCACGCGGAAGCCUGGCGACGGGAACCCGUGCGGCGGGGAGUGCGCGCACUGCCGCGCCGGGGCGGACGGGACGAGCGAGCACGUGGUGGAGAUCGACGCGGCGAGCAACCGCGGCGUGGCGGUCGCGAGGAAGAUCGUGGACGACGUAAAGAAGACCGCGGAGAAGGAGGCGCCGCCGACCACGCCGCCGACCACGCCGCCGACAACGCAGGGCACACGUAUUGUUCACAUUCUUGACGAGUGCCACAUGCUUACGAGAGAAGCUUGGGCCACGUUGCUGGAUACGCUGGAAAAGCCUGUGGGCGACCCCGUGUUCAUCCUCGUUACCACCGACCCGGAGCAGUUGCCGCGCAACAUCGUCUCGCGCUGCCAAGAGCUCGAGUUCUCGGCCGUGCCCAAUGACGUCAUGGUGAAUGACCUGCGGAGAAUCGCGCGGAUGAAGCGGUGGGAGGCCUCUGAUGACGGGCUGCGCGCGAUUGCGGAGGAGGCGGCGGGGUCGAUGCGCGACGCGAAGAAGGGAGGGACGGGGGAAAGGGGACGGGAUGAAAGGGGGAGGGGGCGGGAGUGGGACGGGAGGGGGCGGGAGGAGGCGGGAGGGGCCGGGAGGGGACGGGAAGGGCGGGGAGGGGGAAAGGGGACGGAAGGCAAGACAUGCAGGUUUAGGGAAGGGGAUCUUCUGUUUCUCGCCCCCACGCGUGCUUCUCCCCCCUUCCUCUCCCCUCGCUUACCAUUCCCCCCCUCAUGCUCGUCACUCUUAAAGAUCUCUGUUGUGACAUUCCUUCCUCACUCUUUGACGCGACUCUCCCCCCGUCCUCCACCCCCUUCUCCCACACUCUCCUCUGCUUUUCUCACUCUCUCCUCCUUCCCCAUUCUCCUCCCUCCACUCACUCUCCUCUCCUUCCCCACCCUCCUCUCCUCCCUCACUGUCCUCUCUUAUUCCGCGUCCCUCCACCCAUCCGUCCCUCAGUUCAAGCGGUUGCCGCAGUGGAAGGCGGAGGCAAUGCUGGUGCACGCGCUGAGCGACGCACAGCCAACGGAGGUGGCGGAGGCGGCCAAGGACCUGGAGCGCAGGGACGUGGCGUUCCCGCAGGUGCUGCGCCAGCUUAGGGAUGCCGCCACUGACGCGCUCACGCGAAAGCGCACCAAUCGACAGCUCGAUUUCAUAGCCACAACUGAAGAGGGCCGGUCGCUGCUGCAGGCAGCGGUGAAGGAGUUAAGAGAGGCAGAGAAGCAGCAGAAAGAGGAACCGACCAACAUCAAGCUGUUUACAUCAUUGCUCGUGGAGCUGCCUCUUCUCUUAAAGACAUACCCCUACUCCUUCCAGAUUUCAGCCGCAUCCGACUCCGCUUCCUCCUCUCCUUCGCCCCCCUCACAACCCCCCUCCUCUCUCAUGGCACCAGCGGAAAGUUCUUUCUCCCCUCCCUCUCAACCUUACUUCCCGUCGCCGGCUGCAUACAAGUCGAGUGGUGAACGUUUCACCCCGCACCCGGACGCCAGCCAUCCGUCCUCGCCAUUGCCUCGCUCCAUAGCUCCCCGCGGGGCUGCACGGGCGGAGGGGGAGUGGGGGGAGCUGGCGAGGAGAGCCACGGCGGAGAUGACGCCCCACCAGCGCUCCCUGUUCACUCAACAGGCCUGCAUCGUUGCUGUCACCGAUACGUCUGACACUCUUACCACUGUCACGCUGAGCUUCCUCCAGGCGUGGAUAAAAAAGCUCAACGAUGGGAGGCGCAAGACAAUCAUUCCCGGCUUCACUGAAGCCUUCUCAAAGGUCCUCCGCAGCCGCGUGACCAUACAGCUGGUGGACAAAGAGUCCCUGGGGGCUGCUACGGAUGCACCCAGUGCGGAGGACCUAGCAGCCGCGGCCUCUGCAUCUGCUGCUGCUGCUGCUGCUGCUGCUGCUGCUAAGUCUGGCACAGUCCUUAAGGGGGCUGGAAGGAAUGUGCCAGAGGAGAGACGCAGACCCCCGCCGCCCCCGCCUGCUGCGCAGAGCUACCCUCAGCUCGCCCAGUUGCAAGCAGUUGCUGCGAAGGCCGCUGCUGCUAGAAGAUCAGCGGACAUGCGGAAGAACCAGAGGCGAGCAGCCCAGCAGGCGCCAAGGGUAGCGUCUCUGCCGCUGCCGGCAGUUGUAACUCCAGGAGCAGCAGGUGCUCAUGCUUCCUAUGAUCGGAGUGACCAUGUCACGACAGAGGCAGGUUCCGGGUUGUUGGAAUCAGGUGGGCCGGAGGUAGAGCGUGGCCGUGGUGCUGCUGAUGGCUGGGACUCGAACGACGUUUUGAGUCAUGGUCCUUCACAGGUGAAUGCUGUGCAUUUGUCUGUGCCUGCGAAAGCUGGCUCCAGCGCAGCUUCCAGUUCCAGCAGCAGCAGCAGCAGCGGCGGUGUCAAUGAUAUCUCGACAGAAGCGGUGGGGCAUGGAACGGAGUUGCCAUCACCAGAGCCGGUGGAUUCUGGAAUCACAGAAGCAGGUCAGCCAGGAACUUCUACACCUGAUGAAGAAACAGGAACUGCCAUUCUUGGUGGUGGUGAGGCUGACGGUGGGUUGACAGUGGGGAGUGUGAGCCAUGAAUAUGACCCAUCGAUCAAUGAUGCGCAGCUGGGACUUAAUUCUGUUUCGGAAGUCGAGGAGGCGCCAGGAGGCGUUAUUGUGGGGAGCCAUGAGGGUGAUGCAGAUGUGGAGGGCCCUCCAGGGGGCGCUCUUGUGAAUGGGGUUGUGAACGGUCAUGCGGUGGAGGAUACUGUGCGUGAUGCCUAUCCUAGGGAUGGUCGUGGUGGAUUCAGAGGCUAUACUGACUCUGGCCGGCGUGAAGAAGGUGCUGCUCUUGCUGCUGCUGCCCGGACCUCCCCCAGCCGUGGUACGCGUCCCACCGUUGCCACAGCUUCCGCUGGUCGCGGGACCAGCGGCUCAAACGUUGGGGGAAGCACUGGUGGGGCCGUGCGCAUGACCUUUGCACCUCGUGGCAGGACUCGGGGACCUGUUCAACUCAAGGCUUUGCCGAGUGACCAUGGGGCUCUCAGUAGGACUGAUCCUGGAGCUGAGUCAGGGAGGCCGGUGAAUGAUGUUAAGAGCAGUGGAAGGUUUGAUGAUUUGGAUCCUGCAGAAGCUGCUGCGAUUGCGCUUUGCAAAGCGUUUGGAGGAGGCAGGCUGUUUGUAUUGAGAGAGGACGGCGACAGGGAGGUGGACAAGUAA